CUUUACCAGAGAACCAGUUAAUCAGCUUGAGACGAACGGCUGAACAAAAUGGCGGACUGAGUGGGUUGCGCUUUGGGGGGGGAGAAAGGAAAGAAAAGAAAAAAAGAAAAGAAAAAGUAGCGACUACUUUUCUUUAAUAUCACAACAGAUACGGCUCGUUUGUCUGUGUAUGCUUUUCACCGUCGGAUAAGUUUCAACAAAAGUAUAAAUUCGCCCCUCUAUUUGAGGUGGUUUAGAGAAAGCGUCGAGCACAGGGCCGUCCUUCCUAUGUAAGCGGUUAGCUUAGCUUAGCUUAGCUAGGUUGUUUUCGGCGUUUUAACGACGCUGGUGGAAAAACCGGUCAAUAACCUACACGGAUUUAUAGGAAUACGAGUCAAGACGAGCAACCUAGAGAUGACUGUAAUAAUGGAAUAUUCUUUUUCGUGAGCGUCCAGGGACGAGAGAACGAUAGCUAGACAGACGUCAGGAGGUUUAGUUUAACUAGUCUUCGGGCUAGUGAAAAGAACCGAUAGACAGAUAGAUAAAAGAAACGCAGAUAUUCCAAUACAAAACGCCGCCAUUUUACAGCGAUUUGGUAGUUUCUAGAAAGCACAAAAAGUCAUGGCUAGUAGCAGCGGUUCUAAAGCCGAGUUUAUAGUCGGGGGGAAAUACAAGCUUGUCCGGAAAAUCGGAUCUGGAUCAUUUGGUGACAUUUACUUGGCAAUCAACAUUACAAACGGAGAGGAGGUCGCUGUGAAACUAGAGUCGCAGAAAGCCAGACACCCUCAGCUUCUCUAUGAAAGCAAGCUGUAUAAAAUUCUUCAAGGUGGAGUUGGAAUUCCACACAUCAGGUGGUAUGGCCAAGAAAAAGACUAUAAUGUCCUGGUGAUGGAUCUUCUGGGGCCCAGUCUAGAGGACCUCUUUAACUUCUGUUCCCGCAGAUUCACAAUGAAAACCGUUCUCAUGCUUGCAGAUCAGAUGAUCAGCAGAAUCGAAUAUGUACACACAAAAAACUUCAUCCACAGAGAUAUCAAGCCAGACAACUUUUUAAUGGGCAUUGGCCGUCACUGUAAUAAGUGUUUAGAAUCUCCAGUGGGGAAGAGGAAAAGAAGCUUGGCUGUUAGUUCUUCUCAGGACCCAUCUUUCUCAGGAUUAAACCAGUUGUUCCUCAUUGACUUUGGUCUGGCCAAAAAAUACCGGGACAACAGGACGCGACAGCACAUACCCUACAGAGAAGACAAAAAUCUCACAGGCACAGCCCGCUAUGCUAGCAUCAAUGCACAUUUGGGCAUAGAACAGAGUCGUCGAGAUGACAUGGAAUCUCUAGGCUACGUGUUGAUGUACUUCAACAGAACCAGCUUGCCCUGGCAGGGACUGAAGGCUGCCACAAAGAAACAGAAAUAUGAGAAGAUUAGUGAGAAAAAGAUGUCGACUCCUGUUGAGGUCUUGUGUAAGGGUUUUCCAGCUGAAUUUGCCAUGUACCUGAAUUACUGUCGUGGGCUACGGUUCGAGGAGGCCCCUGAUUACAUGUACCUACGUCAGCUGUUCCGCAUUCUUUUCAGGACUUUGAACCACCAGUACGACUACACGUUCGAUUGGACCAUGCUUAAGCAGAAAGCAGCACAGCAAGCAGCAUCCACAGGAGGACAGGGGCAACAGGCACAGACCCCUACAGGCAAGCAAACUGACAAACCCAAGAGUAACAUGAAAGGUUUCUAAGCAUUAAGGCAGUUUAAUAACGCAAAGAAGAGAAGAAAGGUCUUAGCAGGAUUUGCCUUCAGAUCACAUCCCAGCAUUUAGAACCAAAUUCUCCACGUCAGACAUUCUUUUCCUCUUCUUAUAAGAACUAGGUUUCAUAUACUACGUAUGUAAUCAGUGUAUAUAUAGGUAACAUGCUCCGCAUAUAUCUAUAUAUAUGUCUAACGUAUGUAUAUAGUAUAUCCACAAAGAGGGCAGGCUUGGUAUGGAAUUUGAAGUUGUACUCAUUUUCUGUCCCUGCCUUCCGUCACCUUUUUUCCAGAACGAUUCUUCAACAACAACAACAACAAAAAAAAAACCUCCGAAAACAAUCUGGUUUUCUGAGGGUGUAACUGUGCGAAUCGAAGGUUUGCUCAAGUUCUCUCGUUCAGGAAAACUUUCAGGAAAACGUUCUUGUCUUACAUCACUGGCUGUCCUGAGCUCCAACUGUCGGAUUGAACAGUUUGUUGUUUUGUUUUUUUUUGUUUGUUUUGUUUGUUUUUUUUUUUCCCUUCUAAAAUUAAAAUUCAACCCGGUCAUAAAAAGAAAUCCUGGCUAUUCCUAAGCAGGCAACUGUUGUUGUUUUUGAAAGGAAAGAGGAAAGCGUAAGGUUCUGCCUGCUUUGACGUUGCAGAAGAGCUUCUCGUGCGAAGCUGAAAAAUUCUAGUGACUACUAGAUUUCUGUCUAGAACGCUGCAUUAACAGUUAUUGUACUUGAUAUUCAGAAAUAUAAAACGAAUAAAAGAAUGAACUCCACAGAAGCAUAUUCAUUAUAAAUUAGACACUUCAGUAAACUUAUAUGUUAAGUGCUUAGAAGAAAAAUUGUAUGCAUCAUUUGAUCUGAGGGUUUUUUUUGUUUUUUUUUUUUCGUUUUUUGUUUUGUUUUUUUCCUCCAUUACAUAAAAACAAAAAAAAAAAAACUCAUUGAUAGCCACAGUGCUCUUUUUUUAAUCAGGAAAAUGUUUUGUAGAACUUUCUUUUGAAUAACAUUUGGUUUGGGGGAAAAGGUGUUUUUGUUGCUCCUUGAGGUGACGCUCAUUCUGUUGAACACCCAUGGGACUGUGAGCAGCAUUUUUUUUUUUUUUUUUUUUUUUUCCUAGUGGUGGUCUAUUGCGCCGUAUUCUUUUCUUCCUUUUUUUUCUUUCCUUCUUUCUUCUUUAUUGCAGAAAGUAUAUUGUAGGGUUUCUUUUUUUUUUUUUUUUUUUUUUUUUUUUGUAUAUGUUUGGGUCCUUUUGAGGGAAGAUCAGCUUGAAUUUCUGAUUUUAGCCACAACGCACCAGUAAUAUGGUUUUCAGGGUUGUCCCCCACCCCGCAUCCUGCUCCUUUUUUUCUUCACCAACCUCCUCUACCUUACUCCUGACCAGCUUAAAGUAUUUUAUUGCUGGAUGUUCUAUGAAGUGUAACUUAUUCCCUUUUAGCAUGUCAGAAUAAAUGACUUCUGAGAAACACUGACCCAGACUAUAAUUUAAAAACGCCUCUUAUGUUUCUUUCUAUGCAGCCACUUUGAAACUAAGUGUGUUUUGUGUUUAAAUACAAAAUGCAAGAUUUUAUAGCUGUUAAAUAUGAACGCACCUUCGUGGAUGUCAUCUAAAAUGGCUAUUAAAAAAAAAAAAAAAAAAACAAUUUUUUUUUUUUUUUUUUUUGUUCCUAUCAUUAUAUUCUGGGAUUGUGUGUGUAUAUAUAAAAACCACAUCAAGGUACAGUUUUGAAUAUUUGUCCUUUUUUCAAAUUUGCUAAAAAUUGCCCAAGAAUCACGUCUUUACCCUUUUAAAGUGCCAGAAUCUGUGAACAUUGAAUAUUCGAUUAGCCAAGCCUAUGUAAAUAUAAUCCAUCGAUCGCUAAUAUUGGGGUAAGCCAGGCCGAAAAGACAAAACCCUUCCACCCUUAAACAAAAAUCAAAAGAAACAUUUUUUAAAAAUUCCUUACCCACAAUAAAAUGGCACUGGCAGCCGUCUCCACGGUGUUGACUGUAAGUACACCAACAGUACGACUGCACUGGUUCAUAAUUAUAGCACAACACAAAACAUCAGAAUCUCAUUGACCCUGGUACUGGUCACUAAAUAUGGUUAAAGGGGAAUGGGAAGAAAGGGGAGAACAUGCGAAGGUGUAGAUUUGGGGGAGUGACCCAGCUGUUUGGCGGCAAGUCGGCAGUCUUCUCCUGAUAUGCAGUUUUGAUUGUAGCAGGUAGCUAUACAUUUGGCUGCACUCAAAUUUGAAAAAUGAUCACGACUGUAAAUGAAACUCAUUGGCAACUAAUGGCUUUUUUUCAAAUCUUGUUUUCAUUCUGGAGGGUGGAAGAUGAGUGUGAAAUGGCCUGCGUUCACCUCACCGUGGGACUAUGUGCAGCAGCUUUUUCUUUGUGGUUCAUGACUGAUGAGGCUAAAUCAUGGUAAGCCAUGUGAGAAUUUUAAAACACUGACUGUAGGCUGAGCCUAGAUUGUAAAGGAAAUACGAGAGCCUAAUGGACUGAACUAGCUUGCUAUGCUAGAUAUAGCCAACAGACUUAAAUUUCUCAGCUUAAACUGGUCAUGAAUGUUCAUACAGUGUGUUGAGGAUUGAUGGCUUUAUCUAACUGGGUCUGACCAGCUGCCAAAUCACAAGCCGACCUGGUUCAACUUGUACCUCCUUCUCUGUUGGUAAAAAUGAACAUUUGAGACAUAGCUCCACUAGCAUUCCAUCACUCAUUAGAUAAUCCAUCUUAAUCCUACCAGCUAACAAAGCACAGGCCAAGCUUGUCAGAUUAUCUUUGUGAAGUGGUGAGGGCUAAUAGGAAGGAUAGUUUCUGAAUUACUCACUACUUGCGUUACAUGGUCGUCGAGGUGUUUUUAAAGAAACACAACAAUAAGAUAUUUAUUGAUCAGAUUAAUCUGGAAUAUAAUUGGAUUCAUGCACUAUAUAAGAAUUAAAGGAGGAUUGAGCCCAUGUUUAUCUUGCGCUAGGGGCGUAGGGUGUAGGAGUUUUUGAACCUGGGGGGAUGCUGCUAGUGGGGUUCAGGGGCUCUGAGAUUUUUAUUUAUUAAUUUUUUAAAAAAUAAAGCACUUAAAUGCUAAUUUUGAAUGACUUUUGGGAACAGAAUGUACUAAUUAAUGUGGUUGUAAGAGGGUAUUUGUAGUGACGGAAGAUUGAGAAUACUCAGCCUGGGGAGGGGAGAUUAUAAAGACUCGGGUGCGCGGUCAGAGAGACGGACUUUAAUAUAACUGGAACAAAAACUACUACAUAACAAUAAAACUGCAUAAUCUACUUUAUUUAAUAAGGGACGUUUUCCAGAAUCACGACCGAAAAUGGAAAUUCGGUCUCCAACUCGCCAACGGUGCGUGCGAUCCUCACACGAUGGCGCCCCCGUCCCAAACAUCCAACACGGUGUGACGUGAACUCGCUGGCUAACUGGUAGCUAUCCGUACAACUUACAAUUAUUGGACCGUUCCGUAGGCGAAAUCGUUAUCUCGACAACAAAAUUGCAAACAAUCGGUGAUUUCGUGGGCUGAAAUAGCUACGAUAUCCUACCUCAAAUACAAAGUGGAAAAUCUUUCCUCUAUAUCAGGGGUGUCCGAUCUUCUCCAGAACGAACCGGUGUGGGUGCAGGUUUUCAUAACAACCGAGCAGAAGCCACACCUGUGUCUAUUGAAAGCUAAGAUCAACUGAUUAAACAGGUGGAAUCAGGUGUUUCUCCUGCUCGGUUGGAAUGAAAACCUGCACCACACCGGCCCUUUCCGGAUAAGACCGGACACCCCUGAUCUAUACGUUAGUGUGCUCGAGAGCGUCUCUGUGCUGUGUCUUAACCGCCCUCACCUCAGGACACUAGCUUUUGUUGUUUUUGUCCCCCCCCCCCCCCCCCACGGACGGAAUAUUCUAGUAAUCUCCAAAUGAAUCCAUUCCGCUUUCAUUGCAUAAUCCAUACCAGGUUUUGCUUCUCAUCUUGCAGUGAUGGACUUUUUGCUCAAAUGGAUUCAUUUGAAGAUCCUCGGAGACGGGCAGGCAAUGCGAAAUAAAGUUUGAGAUUUGAGACAUGUCCCCAUGUAUAAUGGCUCCUACGCACAUGGCACUACAUUAUAACACUCAUAACCAUGGUGACGACCCAGCGAGGUACUGAAACGUCUCCUUUGCCGUUUGAGAUUGAGGGAUGGGAUACUCGCUCAGUUACAGCAACAGUCGAUCAGAUUUAUUUUCCCGUAUGGGAAUUUUUCUUCCUGAGUGGCGCCAUUAAAACAACCAUUAAGAACAAUUCUAAAAAAAUGUUUUAAAAGUGAUGGAUUACAUGCGGAGUAGAUAAGACGUACGACAAUCUGUUAAAAAAUAACAAAUAGAAGCUGGACUAUGAAAAUGCUGGGUUAAGACUAUUGGGGGAAAUUAUGGUAUAGUAAAAGCUCUGUAGUUAACUUUUGUUGCAUAUAUUACACCGGAUUGUUGAAGUCUGCAAUGCCUGUCUAUGGGAAGUCUGUACCUUCUACCUGAUGGCAGCAGUUCAAAGAGGAUGGGUGCGAUUACUAAUAUUUUUUUUGCCCUUCCCAAUACCUGUCUAUCAAACAUGUCGGAAUAUGAUGUCUGUUCAACUCGGUGGUCUGACUGUUCAACUGAACUCUUAAUUUUUUUUUUUUGUUGUUUUUUUUUUUUCUUCCUCUUUUUGGGUUGCCAUAUCAGACUACAAGACCAAAUAUUAAAACAGACUAAAUGAAAAGCUUUAUAAAAAUGUAAUCAGUUUUGUAUUGACAUUAAAAACAUUUACCACAA